CGCGGCGCGCCGCGGCGUGUUGAAUCUGUGCUGCUGCCCGCGCGGCCCAGCUGGUGCUCGCUCGCAGCAUGGCCGUGGCGGGGGAGCCGCCGCCGCUCGCCCCCGCGCUGCCCGCCGCCGCCAUCCCCUCCUUCGCUGUGGCCCGCGGCCUGGUGGGGCGCCGCUACUCGUGCCUGGUGGUGGCGCCGCACCGCAGGCACGUCGCGUUGGCGCCGCGCUACCUGGGCCGCAAGCGCACCGGCAUCCGCGCCCAGCUCGACGCCGAGCUCCUGCGCUACUCGGAAAGCCUUCAGGGUGUGCCGGUGGCUUACGACAACAUCAAAGUGGUGGGUGAGCUCGGGGACAUUUAUGACGACCAAGGAUUCAUCCACCUGAACAUCGAGGCGGAUUUCGUCAUCUUCAGUCCCAAAAAAGGGAAGAAACUGGUGGGUGUAAUUAAUAAAGUGGCCCCUAGUCAUAUUGGCUGCCUGAUACAUGGAUGCUUCAAUGCUUCUAUCCCUAAACCUGAACAAAUGUCGAUUGUACAGUGGCAAGAGCUGGGGUUAAAAAUAGGGGAUGAACUGAAAUUUCAAGUAUUGCACUUGGAUUCUGAUGCAGCUGGAGUGUUCUUCAUUCGAGGAGGACUCACUAAAAGCAGCAUGCAGCCCAAACAAUCUGAGGCCGUCACUGGCAGUGCAAAUGCAGAUGAAAUUCAAAAGCUUGACCACCCGGAAAAUGGCUUGAAUGACUCUGGGGGAGAUAAUGUUGCAGAGCAGCCUUUAGGUGAGACGGAUAACACUGGGAGAGAAAAUGCAGAAGAGCAAAGUGUUGAUCCUGUGAAUGGAUUAUGUGGUGAUGAUGAUAAAAGCAAGAAGAAGAAGAAAAAGAAAAAGCAUAAGGAAGAACAACAGGAACAUGCAUUGCCUACCAGUGACUCCAGUGGUUACCAAAGUGACCAUAAAAAGUCAAAGAAAAAGAAAAGAAAGCAUUGCGAUGAAGUUGAAGACAGUGAAUUAUCUCAGCUGUCACAAGAACCCAAAGCUAAAAAGAAAAGGGACUAAGGUCUGAAGUGCCUUUCCUGAAUAAGAUUUCAGACGUUUUUUAUAAGCUUCCAAUAAAAUCCUG